AUGUUCCUGCCUUUGCCCCUGUCUACCUGUAUAAAUACUGUUCUUAAUAAAAGCUUGCAAAUGGAUCCCCGCUCUGCCGACCCAUCAUUACAGAAGACUUCACCAUCAAACGAUCCAGCAGCUUCUACGAGCGCUUCCAGCCUUAGCAUGGACCCAGCAAUACGUCUCGUCCGCCUUCGGCAAGGUAAUUGUACACUCGAGGACCACAUUCAGAAGUUUUUAGACAUUGCCUAUUUCUCUGACCUGCCUGACUGUGCCCUCAUUGACUUCUUUGGCUAUGGAUUAAACGAACCAUUGAAGGACUACUUACUUAUUAAUGGUCCCCGAGGGUCGUUCGUGGAAUUUCUGGACUUUGCCCUGCUUACUGUUGGUUCACUUUUUACUGUGGGUGUCGCGGAGGAACGCGACACCUCGUCCCCCCAUGUAAUGGCUGCUUCUAAAGAGAGCCUGCACAAAAUGGCGGCCACAACAUCAUCACAUCAUGUCUCCGCUGAUCUUCCAGAGCCAAGUCAAGUCUCCGUUGAUCCUCUAGAAUUACAUCACGUCUCUGGAUCUGUUUGGGAGCGGAGUGGGUUGCGUUCCAGUGUGGCUGAUCCAGCGCUGACUUCAGUACGAGCGGCUGGCAUUCCUAAGCCUCCGCCGGCCGCUUCACACUCAAGCUCGCCGGUUGCCACGCACUCAAGCUCGCCGGUUGCCACGCACUCAAGCUCGCCGGUUGCCACGCACUCAAGCUCGCCGGUUGCCACGCACUCAAGCUCGCCGGUUGCCACGCACUCAAGCUCGCCGGUUGCGACGCACUCAAAUUCUCUGGAUGCUAUGGACAAGAUGGCUGCUUUGCCAGUGCCCACGGGCAAGAUGGCCGCCCCGCCAGUGUCUGGGAACAUAGGGGUCGUUCCAGCCAGUGAGUCCACUCCAGAACCAGCUCCAGUCCGCGAGUCCGCUCCAACCCGUGAGCCCGCUGCAGCGCCCUCAGAGGAGGUAGGCAUAGAGCCACCGCCUCAACCAUGUAAACGGAGGAGGAGGAGGAGGAAGAAGGCUUGCCUGCCGGCGCCACCCGAGCUCCUAGCCCUGCCGGCGCCACCCGAGCUCCUCGCCCUGCCGGCGCCACCCGAGCUCCUUACCCACGAAACCGCCACGGCCUCCGUUGAAUUCCCCAAGAACUUUUUUUGGGGGGGGGCCAUAUACCUGAGGGUGGGGAGCUUGUGGGUGGGGACCCUGCACGGCCGCGAUCAUCAGCGGCCUCCGAAUUGCUUGAGCUUGCGGGUGGGGACCUUACACGCCCACGGUUGCCCAAGCCACCUGACCUGCCGUGGUUGCCCAAGCCACCUGACCUGCCGUGGUUGCCCAAGCCACCUGACCCGCCGUGGCUGCCCUUGGAACCUAACCCACCAUGGCUAUCCGUGGCACCUGACCCGCCGUGGCUGCCCGUGGCACCUGACCCGCCGUGGCUGCCCGUGGCACCUGACCCGCCGUGGCUGCCCGUGGCACCUGACCCCCCGUGGCUGCCCGAGUUCCUGGACCUGCAUUGGAGACCCCGUUCCCGUCUGCCAACAGGUCUCCAAUGUACCCACCCCCCCUCCCUAUCUGUGCCAUUUACGCCGCGAGGACGCGCCUUCCGGAAGGGGGGCGUUAUGUCACGAUCACUGUCUGUUCCUGUCAGUUCCUGGACUCCACUUCCCAUAAUCCUCCCUUCCAAUCACAUGCACCAAUCACCAAUUGCCACACACACCUGCAGAUCAUUACCUGGACUAUUUAAGACACACACACACACACACCCUUUGCGAAGUCUUGAUUUGCCCCGGUGAUCAUUACUAAGCGUUUUCUUGUGGACUGUUUCCUGGUUUCCGUUGGACUGUUUAUUCUUUGUGAUUCUCUGCUGCCUGCCCUGAUCCUUGCCUGUACCCUGAUUCUGUUUGUCUGCCGCCUGCCUCGACCAUUGCCUGUCCUUGUUUAUGUUCCUGCCUUUGCCCCUGUCUACCUGUAUAAAUACUGUUCUUAAUAAAAGCUUGCAAAUGGA